AUGUCACACCUCGUUACGGUUGCAACUUGUAACUUGAAUCAAUGGGCGCUCGAUUUCGAGGGCAACAGGGAUCGGAUUCUGGAAUCCAUCAGAAUUGCCAAGGAGAGAGGCGCACGGCUUCGUGUUGGCCCUGAACUCGAAGUGUCUGGAUAUGGAUGCCUGGACCACUUUUUGGAAAACGAUCUAUAUCUACAUUGUUGGGAAAUGUAUGCGCAGAUUAUCAAGCGGGAAGAUACUCGCGGCAUUUUACUGGACAUAGGGAUGCCUGUUUUGCAUAAGAAUGUCCGUUACAACUGUCGUCUGCUAUCUUUUGAUGGCCGCAUUCUGUUCAUUAGACCUAAGAUAUGGCUAGCUAACGAUGGCAAUUAUCGUGAGAUGCGGUUCUUCACGCCUUGGAUGAAGGCAACACAGGUUGAGGAAUUUCUGCUACCUCCAUUGAUUCAGAAGAUCACGGGACAGCGGAUAGUACCAUUUGGGGAUGCUGUAAUUCGGACGUUGGAUACCUGCAUAGGCGCCGAAACCUGCGAAGAACUUUUCACACCCCAAUCGCCCCACAUUGCGAUGUCCUUGGACGGCGUUGAAAUCAUAACUAACUCCUCUGGUUCUCACCACGAAUUGAGAAAACUUAACAGAAGGUUGGAACUCAUCACCAGCGCCACAAGACGUUGCGGCGGCGUUUAUCUGUACGCCAAUCAACGUGGGUGUGAUGGAGACCGUUUGUACUACGACGGUUGUGCCCUGAUUGCUGUCAACGGCAAAAUAGUAGCCCAAGGAAGCCAGUUUUCUUUGAAAGACGUGGAGGUUGUCACUGCCGCUGUUGACUUGGAGGAGGUCAGAAACCACAGAGCCUCUAUCAUUUCCCGUGGGCUACAGGCUGCUGAGUCGAAAGUGGUAUUCCAGAGAAUUGAUCUCGAAGAGGAAUUGGCUCCAAUGGGCAACCGUUUCAAUCCCAAGAUUUCGCCUGCCAAGGCAAGGGAGUUUCACUAUCACACCCCAGAAGAAGAAAUCGCCUUGGGCCCCGCUUGCUGGCUAUGGGACUACUUGAGGCGUUGCAAUGGUACUGGUUUUUUCUUGCCAUUGUCCGGCGGAAUCGAUUCUUGCGCCACGGCUGUUAUUGUCCACUCCAUGUGCCGACUGGUAGUACAAGAGUGCAAGGAGGGCAAUGAACAGGUGCUUGCCGAUGCACGCAAACUGGCGCGCAAGGACCCAGAGUGGGUACCCGCCACUCCGCAGGACCUAGCGAGCUGCUUGUUCCACACCUGCUUCAUGGGUACAACAAAUUCUUCGAAGGAUACCAGAUCCAGGGCCCGUGAACUUGCCAAGGUCAUUUCCUCGUACCAUGUGGACUUUAAUAUGGACAAUGUGGUCAGCAGCGUUGUGAGCCUCUUUGAAAUCACAACAGGGAAAAAACCCAUUUAUAAGAUAUUUGGCGGCUCCCAGGUAGAGAAUCUGGCUCUGCAAAAUAUCCAGGCUCGCUUGCGUAUGGUUUUGGCAUACCUUUUCGCACAGUUGCUGCCAUGGGUUCGCCGCAUUCCUAACGGCGGAAGUUUGCUGGUGUUGGGAAGCGCCAACGUAGAUGAAUGUCUGAGAGGAUAUCUGACAAAGUAUGACUGUUCCUCAGCAGAUAUCAACCCAAUUGGCGGUAUUUCUAAAACGGACUUGAAGAAGUUCAUAUCGUAUGCUUCAAAGGCGUUCGAUAUGCCAAUUUUGGAUGAGUUCGUGAGCGCGACGCCAACUGCUGAGCUGGAGCCCACCACGAAGGAUUACGUGCAGUCGGACGAGAUUGACAUGGGGAUGACAUAUGAGGAGCUAAGCAUCUUUGGAUACUUGAGAAAAGUUGAAAAAUGCGGGCCUUAUUCGAUGUUCCUGAAACUGCUGCACGAGUGGACUCCAAGGCUAAGCCCUGCGCAGGUUGCGGAGAAGGUAAAGCGGUUCUUCUUCUUCUACGCUAUUAACAGGCACAAGCAGACAGUGAUCACACCAAGCUACCACGCUGAGCAGUACUCCCCCGAUGACAACCGUUUCGAUUUGAGGCCAUUCUUGAUAAACCCUCGUUUCGCUUGGGCGUCGAAGAAGAUCGACCAAGUGGUUGAGCAGUGCGAAGGCAAGGAUGCCUGCGAACUGGACAUUAUGUCUGUUGAGUAG